AUGUCCGGAAUCUUGAAUGAAGCCUUCACCCCGUGUCCGUCCAAGUCACAAUCCUCUGGAUGGAGUGAACAUGGCACCACCGAGUCGUUCGAUAGCUUGGUGGAUGAUGACUCGGCCCUCGACGCCACGGCGCAAAUUGAAUUCACCACCAAUGUGCGAGUACCGAUAUUGACUGGUGUUCGCCCCCGACGAGCUGGUCGGGUGGGUAAUUCGGUCCAGAUUUACGAAGACAUCAGUGACAAAAAGUCAAGCCUGGCAGAGAAACGAAAAAGACCGAAUACAGGACCUCGAAAUCCUUCGGACCGCAAAUCAUCCUUGCUGGCUCAACCUGCUCAGCGAUUCCGGCCGAAAGUCAAUUUCGCUGCUAGCCCGCUACCCCGACAAGAGAGACCAGAGACUGAAACACACGACAAAAGACAAUCGCUUCAACCGAGGGCAAAUGAUAGAUCCCUAUCUGUCUCGCGAACGACCGGCAAUAUAUUGAAGGAUCGGAAUCAUGACAACGAGAUCAAUAAGAACGUUCGACACAGCACAGAAUACACCCCUCCUUUUAUGGGACUUUUCAGUCCUCUCAAGGUUCCUCCCAGAAACACUAUGCCCAAAGUCGUGGAAGACAUUCAAAUCAACACCCUCGAAGCUCAGAUUGCAAAGCGACAGGCUAGAAAGUCGGUGGUAGUACAUGCACGAAGAGGGCCUCUCCAACCAAGUACGAAGAUUGCACAGGAAGCUGCAUUCAGAGUGGAUGUUGCUGGCAAAAACGGCGGGAAGGAGAAUAUUCCACCAGGAACAGUCCUUGAGAUCAACAAGAAGAGCAAAUUGGAUCAUGCUGUCCAGUCAAGGCCAAAGAGAUUGAGCACCGUGAAGUCGAAACCAGCUCCCUGUACCACAAAACACCAACUGGCAAAGGCACAUGCCACAGACUCGGUCAUGGGAGUGACGAAGCAGCUAUCGAAGCGAAAUGUCUUGGGUGAGAAACAAGAUAAUGCACAUGCAUCAUCUGGUUCUCUUCCUCAUGGAACCAAGAUCCGAGCCGAGUCACAGGAUCCUCUGCGGAGCGCAUCGGCAUCUCUCAAGGCUCGUGCAUCUGUAUUGUCAGAACGGCUUGGUCAGUCGCAGAGUAUGCGAGAUUCGAAGAUUGGGAAAUCGACAUCGAAGGAGCUAAAUAACCAAUACCCUCUGUUGACAGAGAACAUUUCGAAGCCUGCCCUGUAUGAGGAUGAUUGGCUCUCACACCAAGAAACUGUCAUCACCCAGUUAAUCAAUGCGUUGUUUGAAUGCACUAACCGGGAAUGCACCGUUGCGGACCAAAAUGAGCUUCGUUUGAAAAUUCUUGAGCUCUACCACACUAAAUACUUCACGCAACUAUACCAGCGACUUCAAUCAUCCCUGUCUUACGGAGCUCUCACCAUCCCCAAGGAUAUCAACGGUCGCAACAGUCGUCUUAAGCAUGACGUGGGGCUGAGGCGAACAUUUUUGGACACUUGGAUCCAAUCCUAUGACCUUCGCGCAUUGGUACCGGCUUUGGAGACCGUUGUGGGCCGAAGGAUUUCCAGUGACUCGACUUUGUCCAACGUUCAGAGCGAUACGACUUUUACAAAUGAUUUCAAGGCCCAAAAGGCAGUUGCUCAAAUGGUCCGGGAUUUCCUCGAAGCGUUCCUGCUGUGGAACGACGAUAUAAUGCACCAUGCACCGGGACUUAGCGACGUACCGAGGGAGAUGCACGAACGGGCUUAUCGUAGGACCGUGCUUCGAAGCAUCAUACUUGUCGUUCUUUUGGACCACGCAAGACAAAGCUUUGGCACAGGCUUACCGCGACGACUGUUUCUGCCAUCCUCUCAAUACAAGUCUUCAGCUGAGGUCCUUCAAGCCUUGGCCCGUUUGCUACUGCCUUCUGGUGGUGAUAUCACCAAGAAACUCAGUCACCUCGGCUGCCAGGUCACGUACAAGCAGCAUCCGCUGCAAGAAUAUGACUACGCGAUAGACAACAUCGCAGUCGACUUGAGAGAUGGUAUCCGGCUAGCCAGAAUUGUGGAGAUUCUCUUUUACACCUCGGAGCACGUGCAAACAGGCCUCAACGACCAGAAUGAAGUCACCCUCUCUUCGGGAGAGGCUCUUUCACUUCUUGGCGAUGAAAUGGAUUUUCCGCUGUCUAAGCAUCUAAGGUAUCCAUGCGUCAGCCGAGCAGCCAAAAUCUACAAUGUCCAAAUUUCACUCUCGGCUUUGAGAUCUAUGAAGGGUGCCCACACUAUUAUUGGAGACGCACGCGCAGAUGAAAUUGUUGAUGGUUAUCGGGAGAAGACGUUAGGGUUCUUGUGGGCCCUUGUGAGUAAAUGGGGACUUGAUGGCCUCGUUGACUGGGAAGACGUCCGUAAGGAAAUUAAAAGACUCCAACGCAAAGCUACUCUUCAUCUUGGGUAUGAUCAGCCGAAGCAAGAAAUUGGGUCUCCACACAAGGAAUUGAUCAAUAAUGACCAUGCUUCCUUGCUUCGGCAGUGGGCCACGAUUCUAGCCGCUUUGAAAGACCUGGACAUCCACAAUAUGACCACAAGCUUUGCAGAUGGGAAGAUCUACGGAAGCAUCGUUGAUGAAUACAAGCCAUUCAUAACUGGCAGAGGAACUGAAGAUUGCGCUGUUGCGAACAGUCGUUUUGUUUCGAUGUCCUUGGAGUCUCGUUUGCGGCUGUUGGGAUGCAGCUCUCAAUUUGCAUGCCUCAUCUCCUCUGAAAAAGCGUCCUCUAGUCUCCUUGACGAAGAUUUUACUCUUGGCACUCUUGCCUUCCUCUGCUCUCGAUUACUUUCAGCUUCGAAGCGUACUCGUGCAGCUGUCGUCCUGCAGCAGGCCUGGCGGACUCACCUUGCGAAACGCAAUCAAUCUCGUCGAAAGAUUGCCCGCGAUCUUGCUGCACAUUGUGCGGCUGUCGUUCAAACCAGAAACAAGAUCAUCUGGGCAAAGGAUGUGAUCACUUGCUACUGGAGAAAGUACCAAGCCCGGAAGCAGAGAGCGAAUAACACGUCAUAUCGAGCCUUGGAAAAGGUCAAACGUCAGCAGCGGAAGAUUGUUGGACGUCGACUCUAG